AUGGCUCCACGACGACACAAUAUCGGUGCUAGUCGCCGCCGAAGAAGAGACGAAGAGGGCGAAGAUGAGGGCUCACUAGAUGGAGAAUUGGAGGACGACUCCCUAAGCGAAGGGUCCAUUAUCAGCCAUCCCGACGAGGAGGAUGCCGAUGGCGAGGGCAGUGAUGAGAGUGAUGACGAGGCGUCUGUGACCCGGGAUGCGGGCAAUACUCACCUUCCCCACCUCAACGGUCGUACGCCCGCAGGAAGCCAGAAGCUCGGGCGCCGCCAUUCUACCUCGCCCGGGAAACGCCACACGGGAACGGUCAUGUCAGAUACAGAAGCGAUGAUGAACGGGAUGAGUCUGUCGGACAAGACGACUGGGGUGGCCGAAAUCCACUUUGAUGAUCUGAAGGGGGAGCUUGGCCAACAGACUGGGAGAACUCCGUCGGCGCCUCCGGCAGAGCCAAAACAAGACAGCCUGACGGAGAGGAGGCGUCGUGACAAUGAGAAGUAUACAAAGGAAAAGGAAGAGAACCCAGCGUUCGUCCCCACCCGAGGAAGCUUCUUCCUUCACGACAAACGUUCGACCGAUAAUGCGGCCAACGGUCACAAACCAUUUGCCAAGUCCAAGUCGAGACCAUACGGUCUCAUCGUGGACGGCAAUGUGCGCAACUCUUUCACUGGUGAAGCAAUCCGAACAUCCACGCUAACAGCUUGCAGGAACCAGGUCAAAUCAGAUGCCAGUGAAAACAAGUGGACGCACGAUCUGCAUGAUACUGUUGCUGGAGAUGAUGCACCCGUCUCGAAAGUGCCUGCGGUGCCUGCGACUGUCCCAACCUAUCCCCCGAAGCCAGUCCCUACAGCUCCUCGAUCAUCCCCGCCCAAUAGGUCGUUCUCGAGUACUACAAUGAUAGGGAACGUACCUGUCGUGGUCUAUUUACCGGGCAUGGCUCAGCCUAUCUCAUACCCUAAUGUUCCAAAGAAGCAACACACCCGUUUACCACAACACCGUCCUCCUCUGCGCCGCGAUAAGCCCGUCCGAAUCUCGCUUCCCGGGCAGCCUGCGCGAUAUAUCUUCCCCGCGACAGAGCGAUCUUUCAUCUUCAUCCCGCGGGCGCUCCGGCCUAAUCAACAGGCCUUCCGUGGGCGUCGGAGCGGAUUCUUCCCAGGACGUCGGCCUAGUAUCUAUGCAGGUUCCACAUACACUCCAAGCGUUAGCAUCAGUAGGAGGUCGUCUUUCGGCAAGGCGCCCUCCCAAGAAGGAUACCACUCGCCGGCCGCCUCGGUCCUCUCCAGGCAGACGAUCGUGGCCACAGACAACGGUAAGCCCGUUGUCCGUUUACCUCCACCUCCAAGACCAACAGCCGGACUACCACCCCCACCACCCGGCCCUCCAUCAGCAGUUCCUCCUCUUCAACCACAGCCUCAACCUCCAGUGUUCCGGGAGAGCCGUCCGGCGCCCAUCCCGAUGCACCAACCUCGUCCCCAAAAGGCCGUCUCUGUUGCCGACAUUGAGACCCCAGCAAGCUUUCCAUUCAAUCCUCCUCAGCCGCAGCAGGAGCAGCCAUUCCAUCAUCAGGUCCCAAUGCCUGGAACUGGGCCCGUCUAUGGCUCAGAUGCGCCCGGCUAUGCUGCUUCGGCUCACUCGUCGGUGACACCCUUAUCCCACAUACCCGAGCGUGCAAUCCAUGCCCAACCCUUCCAGCCAUACGGCUAUCAACAGCCACAAGCAUUCUAUCCCAAUUCUUACCCACCUGGCGCCAUGUACUAUUCUGUCACCGGGACCGAGUUCCCCCCGUACAAUGCAGCAGUGGGGCCCGGCACCUCUGUGCCUCCCUUCCCCCCGGGGCAGCAGGUGCCGUAUAUGGUGCCCGGUGCGCACACGUCGGGUGAGCAACCGGCUCAACCGGGCACAGUGGCACACGAAGCAGGUGGUACGGUGUAUUUCUACGAUGCUAACCAGAUGUAUCAAAACCCCUCCUAUGGGAUGCCGAAUGCGCCCGGGGCCGGCGGUGUCAUGGGCAUGGGCGGCAUGAUGACGCCCCCUGGUACAACGUACUACUAUCCUCAGUCUCAAGGCAGUGUCUACUACGGCUCUCAGUGA